AUGUCUUGUUCUGUGACAUUUACAGUCACGUUGAAAUGGAUCGCCACACUUUACAUAUGCCCGUUCACAUCGUACUAUGACAUAUCGCUUAUUCCAGGUUUUCUGAUUGAAAGAACGAGCGGAAAUGCAACAUACAAAGCGCAACCGAAAAUUAUCGGAGGAAAACCAAUUGACAUAAAACGUCGUGCUUUCAUGCUUUCAUUGCAUAAUUCAUCUGGAUUCCUGUGUGGCGCCAGCAUAUUAUCGAGAACAUGGGGUAUCACUGCUCUUCAUUGUUUCAAAUCGCGUUCGCAGUUUUAUGUACGAGCUGGAUCCAAUAAAACGAACAGAGACGGAGCUGUGCAUAGGAUAACUGAUAUUCACGUAUAUAAUGGCACAUAUGCCUCUUGGGUGCCGGGAACAGGAGAGGAGUACGAUAUCGCACUUUUUGAAGUGAGACCACCAUUUCAGUUUUCGAGAACCGUUCGACCAAUUCGUCUGCCAAAAUCAACCAACGGAAUACAGCGUGAACUGUUGGUCUGUGGUUGGGGAGAGACCGAAAAAGUGACCAAAACUCUUAUGGGUGUUUACGUUCAAUACGUUCCAUUCGAAACUUGCGUUAUGGCUCUAGACUACGCAAUACUCGUCAAAGAUGAUUAUCAUUUGUGCUAUGGAAGUCAAGGCAGGGAUGCCUGUUACGGAGACUCUGGAGGAGCACUGGCCAGCAAGAAAACAAUUUAUGGCAUCGUGUCUUUUGGUCAUGGUUGUGGACAAGUGCCUGGUGUCUACGUUAAAAUAUCGUAUUAUCAAAAAUGGAUUGAAGAUGUUAUGAAAUUACGUUUUGCCUAAUCUUCCACGCAUUAAUUAAUCAAUUAUUAAUAAUGAUCAAUACCGAUAAGAGAGAUACAAAUCGUAUUAACGUUUAUGCACGCUAAUUUCUGUAGUACAUAAAGUCGUAAAUGUUAGAAAUGUAAAAUAUUUUGUUAUUUUUCGUGUAUGUGCGCUUGUCAAAAUUAAAAUUACAUACAUCUUGCAGACAAUUUUUUGUCAGUGAGUGUAGGAAGAAAACAAAAAAAUCGUUCAACGCAACGCGUCGAACUGAAAGCCUCUCGUGUUCUUAUCCGGCUGGUUGAAAGUAUUGUUUUCGAGAGAAUAGGCACAAAAGGCAUAUCGAAUCACGGAGUCGUGAACCCUCCUGCGUUCAGGUCGGGUGCGUGCAGGAAAUUCACCACAUACACGUGCUGCGCAAGAGUGUCGCGCACGCAUGCACGCGGCGCACGUAGCGUACUUGCUCGUGCAGAGCUGAAUAAAAGGUAUGCCUACGUGACUACGUAAUGUGCAUAAUAAAUAUGUC